AUGGGGUCGGUGGUUCUGACGAUGCUGCGGCGGAAGCGGGAGGUCGACGCCGCCAUCCGCGACACCCUCGGCAAGGUCCUUGUCCUCCGAUUCGGCCGCGCCUCCCACUCCGCGUGCCUCCAGCUCGACGACGUCCUCGCAAAAUCUUCUUGGGACAUAUCCAAAUUUGCAAGGGUAGCAUUGGUUGACAUGGAUUCUGAGGAGAUUCAAGUGUAUGUUGACUAUUUUGAUAUCACGUUGAGGCCGAGGUUCUGCCUGAAACGGCAUUAUAUGUGAUAUGACAUGUUAAUUUUUUAGUUCACUCUUUUGCAUAAACGGUAGCUUAUCUGUGCUUCCUUU